UAUUUAUGUCCAUGUCGCUCAGAUCAACUGCACAUAUAACCCAUGGCGACUAUUUACAGAACAAACUCGGAGCGGGCCCGGUGUGGAGCUUGAUACUCCUCUCACCUGGAGUCCAGUCAUAGACGCAAAAAUGUUGGAGCGCGCCUGCGUCACUUGGUCCAGAGUCUCUAAAUGGCUGCGAGGAAGUCAGGAUCUGAUGCAUAUAACAAUGGGCCCAUCAGCUACCUUGAGGAUGUUCCUUUCAAGAUCAAUGACAAGUUCCGCUGCCCAGCCAAAGUGGGGCUUCCUGUCGGCUUUUGUCUGCCUGACUGCGGCUCUUUGUUGUUGGACACACAGUAUGACUUUUCUCUGGAAAAGCAGAGCUUGCGCAGGGCGGUUGAGCUGGCUGAGGCCAGAGCAGCAGAAGCCAGAGCAGAGGAGGCCGCAGCGAAACAGGAGGCCGAGAACAGGGAGUCUUUGACGAAGGCUCAGGACAGUAAUGGCGGAGAUGGGACAUCUUCAAGGCCGUCAGCUGAGGACCCGCCACCUCCAGCCAUGAACCCAGUUCUUGCUGGACUGAGCCAUAACGCAAUCCUCACCCCACUGCCCGCUCCUAGCCUCGGUCCCCGGAAAAUCCAACCUAGCACUCCUCAGCUGCACAGCCUCAAUUUAGCUGACUUUGAGCGUGAAGAGGACCCCUUUGACAAACUGGAGCUCAAAACUUUGGACGAUAAGGAGGAGCUGAAAAACAUUCUUCAGAGUCAGCCACAGCCUCCUCCCUCGGUGUCCCCACCAGAAGUCAGUCAGCUAGCGUCGGCGUCUUCGCGUGGAAGCAGCCCAACUCCACCCUGCACCAACACCAGCCUCUCAGUAAAGCCUGGCAUGUCCCACAAGCCCAACGGUGUGAUCACCUUUCUGGACAUGGACAGAGUUGGACACCCAGCGAGAGGAGGGUUCGAUUCUGACGAUCGACCCUGCAACAUUCGCUCUCUUUCUUUUCCAAAACUUUCUGACUCUGUUGACCCAGUUCCAGGAAGAUAUUGUCAGCUCCCUCAACCCACUCAUCCACCUACUAGACCGAACAUGCGCAACGGCAGCCCGUUGACGAUAAGCAACGCCCCAGUUAUCGUCGCCUCUGAACCUCCCAGCAAGAGUGUGGCGCCCAAACAGGUCAAUCCAGGGUCGGGAUCUGCAGGCCUUCCAUGUGGGGGCGCCCUGCUCAGCAUGACCCCCAGUGAGCGUCAGUGUGCGGAGACUCUUGUGGGCAUGGGCUACUCGUAUGAGGGUGUGCUGCGAGCCAUGCAGAGACAAGGGCAGAACGUGGAGCAGGUACUGGACUAUCUGUUUGUCCACGGUCGGCUUUGUGAGCGGGGAUUUGAUGCAAGUGCAGUGGAAGAAUGUUUAGAGAUGUACCAGUGCUCAGAAGAGAAGGCAUUGCAGUUCCUUGAGUUAAUGUCAAGAUUUGGGGAGAUGGGAUUUGAGCGUGAGGCCAUCAAGGAGGUGCUGUUGGUCCAUAACAAUGAUCAGGACAAGGCUCUUGAGGACCUGAUGGCUCGUGCUGCCACUAGUUGAACCAGAGUGACCUGCUGACUCAAGCCUGAUUUAAGGCAAACCUCUCGCUGCCACCAUUUCUUUCUGCCCACCCUGUCACACAAAGCCCCUGCCUCAGCAGUGGAGGGAUCAACUUGGAGAAGGUUCUGUUUCUCUGCGCUUCAACACACUGUGCUGGCAUCUCUUACAUUUAAGAGUGUGUGCCAAGAUCAAAGGGCAUCCACGUGUAAUGAUUCUCUGCGAGGGCGUUCUGUUUUCCCUCAAAUAAAUCCUGCUGCUAGGCGCCCAGGGUUUGCAGAAGGUUCUCAGGAGUGCACUCGGCCCAUGUUCAAGCUGCGGGUGUGAGUGGUGAACUCUUUCAGCUUUCUUAAAUGUAUUGACUUUGCUGCCAUCUUCCAAUUUUUCAAAGAGCUGGACGAGUCUGUUGUAAGGGAUAGUGGGCCUUCCCAAAGAAACAUUUCGAGUCGGAUCAGAGAGGCACAGAUAGACAGUGGAGGCCUGACUCAAGAAGUGCCCUGGACCUCCUCUGGUGUAAGCUUUUGUUCAUGUCUGUUUCUGUCUAACACAGCACUUUUAACUUUCUCAAAAGGUAUUGUUUUAUCUUCUUUGUCAUUCUAACUCUGAACACUCUGCUGUUUUGUUUUUCUGCACUGAACGACCCUUUUCUUUGGAGGCUCGGUGUCCCCUGCAGUAAAAUCUUAAAAUGAUCACAAAGUGAGCUAGCAAUUGACUUUUAUCUUUUCAUUCUGAUUCAAAAGAUGGCAUUUGUAUGAUAUGAUACAAAUAUAGACUGGAAGUUUGAUGUGUGAAUGGGUAAAUGAGCCACAUUACAGUGCAAUAGAGAUGUUUUGUUUUACGUGAUUGUUCGAAUGGCACUUUUGAGCUCCAGAUUUUGUCACAAUUUUCCAAGAUGGUGGUCCUCUUUUUGCUGGAUUUACCAAAAUACAGUAGCUCGGGUUGGUUGCUUUUACUGUAUUCUUUGAAUUCCACUUUAAAUAAUAUUAUUCUUUCUAUGAUCUUGUCAUAACACAUCUCCCCAACUCAGUUGUUACAGAGAAGGUCCAAAAUAAUGUGCUUUUCUUUUGGAGGUUGUCUAAAUGCACCAACUAAAGGUGUACUAUUUUAAAGUUCAUUUAAAGGGCAGCGCUGACACAAAACCUUAUUAUUUCCGAUGAAACUAUAAUUGUAUUUCUUCCAAAUUUGUUCUACCCAUGUGAUCAGGUUUUCAGUGCCUAACUCUGAGGAGAAAUUGAUUAUUUUUGUUGUUAUCAAAGAUGUGUUUUAGACUUGUGAGACAAAACUCAAUAUGAUUAAACCUGUUGCAUUUAUGCCUACAUAGCAGCACUUGUUUCUUUGAUUGAGUGAGUAAACAAUGGCAGUCUGGAGUCCAGUUUGUCUGUUGUGUAUAUCUGUAUGAGAUAGCUCUGUGUACUGAUCUCUCUGUAUACAGAUUACGAAAUGCACUCUUGUUGUACAUCAUAAAACCUGCAACCUUAAACAGAUGAGAUGUUAGUUCAGCUCACCUGGUCCUACUUUUAUUUUUGGUCACACCUUUGUUGCACAAGGUUAGAAAACAACCAUUGAUGUUGUGGUGAUAUCUCACAAAACAAGGGGAUCACUGACUGCUAAUAGCUGGAUGUAGGUGUGCUCUCGCUUUCUUUCCAGCUUCCUGAAAUGUGACUUACAGGAUGUUUUCUCUUUUCAUGACUUGAGGAUUCCUCGUGAUUAAAUGUGCUCUCAUCUUUUCCAAUGGUGAGACUCGUGACUGUGACAGACUUUGUGUCG